GCGGUUCCCACAAUGCUCACGCAGCCCCGCUUCGGCUCCCGAGACGGCAGCAGCUCCAAGAUGGCGCAGACGAUUUUCGAGGCCCUGGAGGGAAUGGACAAUCAGACCGUCCUGGCCGUCCAGUCAUUGUUGGACGGCCAAGGAGCAGUCCCUGAUCCAACAGGCCAGAGUGUCAAUGCACCUCCUGCUAUCCAGCCACUGGAUGAUGAGGAUGUCUUUCUCUGCGGAAAGUGUAAGAAGCAAUUCAACUCAUUGCCAGCAUUUAUGACCCACAAGCGGGAACAGUGCCAGGGGAAUGCCCCGCCCCUGGCCACCGUCUCAUUGGCCACCAACAGCAUCUACACCCCUUCGGCGGCCCCUGCAGCUGUCCAGCAGGCCCCGCCUCCUGCCAAUCGCCAGAUCUCUACGUACAUUACCGUGCCCCCAUCCCCGCUGAUCCAGACCCUGGUGCAGGGGAACAUCUUGGUGAGCGAUGACGUGCUCAUGUCUGCCAUGUCGGCCUUCACGUCCUUGGACCAACCCAUGUCCCAGGGCCCCCCGCCUGUGCAGAGCAGCCUGAACAUGCAUUCCGCACCAAGCUACCUCACCCAGCCUCCACCACCUCCUCCACCCCCUCCGCCACUGCCUCCACCCCCACCACCCCAGCCCCCACCGCCCCCACCCCAGAGCCUGGGGCCCCCUGGGCGUCCCAACCCUGGCGGCAGUGGUGUGGUGGAGGUGUACAGUGCCACGGCGCCCCUGGCUGGGAGUGGCACGGUGGAGAUCCAGGCAUUGGGAAUGCAGCCUUACCCACCCCUGGAGGUGCCAAACCAGUGUGUGGAGGCUCCAGUAUACCCCACCCCUCCAGUGUACAGCCCUGGCAAACAGGGAUUCAAACCGAAAGGACCAAACCCGGCUGCCCCCAUGACCAGCGCUACUGGGGGCACGGUGGCCACCUUUGACCCCCCACCAACACUGAAGACCCGCCGGGCCAAAGGUGCCAGUGGACUCCCAGAAGCUGCAGGGAAACCCAAGCCUCAAAAACUCAAGUGCUCAUACUGUGACAAGUCAUUCACCAAAAACUUCGACCUGCAGCAGCACAUCCGAAGCCACACCGGUGAGAAGCCCUUCCAGUGCAUUGCUUGUGGUCGUGCCUUUGCCCAGAAAUCUAACGUCAAGAAACACAUGCAGACUCAUAAGGUGUGGCCUCCAGGGCGGAGCGGUGGCACUGUCUCUCGCAACUCUGUGACCGUACAGGUCAUGGCCCUCAACCCCAGCAGGCAGGAGGAUGAGGAAAACACAGGAUUGGGCCAGUCCCUGUCGGGUGCCCCACAGCCCCAGGCCUUGCCUGCUGCAGGUGAGGACGAAGGGGACAAACUGGAGGCCAAGCAGGUUGUCCUCAUCGAUAGCUCCUACCUGUGCCAGUUCUGCCCCAGCAAGUUCAGCACCUACUUCCAGCUCAAGUCCCACAUGACCCAGCAUAAGAAUGAGCAGGUAUACAAGUGUGUGGUCAAAAGCUGUGCGCAGACGUUCCCAAAGCUCGACACCUUUCUGGAGCAUAUCAAGAGCCACCAGGAGGAGCUGAGCUAUCGCUGUCACCUCUGUGGCAAGGACUUCCCCUCGCUCUAUGAUCUGGGAGUGCACCAGUACUCCCACAGCCUCCUGCCGCAGCACAGCCCCAAGAAGGACAGCGCAGUCUACAAGUGUGUCAAAUGUGUCAACAAAUACUCAACCCCUGAGGCCCUGGAACACCACCUGCAGACCGCCACUCACAACUUCCCCUGCCCUCACUGCCAGAAGGUGUUUCCUUGUGAGCGCUACCUGCGGCGCCAUCUGCCCACCCAUGGCAGUGGCGGCAGGUUCAAGUGCCAGGUGUGCAAGAAGUUCUUCCGGCGGGAGCACUACCUCAAACUGCAUGCUCACAUCCACUCAGGUGAGAAGCCCUACAAAUGCUCAGUGUGCGAGUCCGCGUUCAACCGUAAGGACAAACUGAAGAGACACAUGUUGAUCCAUGAACCAUUCAAGAAAUACAAAUGCCCCUUCUCGACACACACAGGCUGCAGUAAAGAGUUCAACCGGCCAGACAAGCUGAAGGCGCAUAUCCUCUCCCACUCCGGCAUGAAGCUCCACAAGUGUGCCCUGUGCAGCAAGUCCUUCAGCCGCCGCGCCCACCUCGCGGAGCACCAGCGUGCCCACACCGGCAACUACAAGUUCCGCUGCGCCGGCUGUGCCAAGGGCUUUUCCCGACACAAAUACCUCAAAGAUCACCGCUGCCGCCUUGGCCCCCAGAAGGAUAAGGACCUGCAAGCCCGGCGGCCCUCCCGGAGGAGGGCAGCACCUCGCAGUGGCAGCAGUGGCGGGCGUAAGGUGGUAACUCCCCUGCCCGACCCGCUGGGGCUGGAGGAGCUGAAGGACACCGGGGCUGGGUCAGUGUCCGAGGCUGCCCCAGGCAAGCCGCCCUUCUCGGAGCCAGACGCAGUGCUGUCCAUCGUGGUGGGUGGCACAGUGGGGGGUGAACCAGAGCUGGUAGUGCCCGGGCAUGCAGAGAGCCUGGGCUCCAACCUGGCGCUGGCAGAGCUGCAGGCCGGGGCCGAAGGCCCAUGUGCCAUGCUAGCUGUGCCUGUCUACAUCCAGGCCUCAGAGUGACGGACCCGCGGUGUUUGCUCCCAGAGCCUGGCCUGAUGCUCCCCUGUGGGUCUAGGCCUCAGGGGCUGACAAGAGAUCCUUCCCUGUGGAAGUGAGCCAUUGGCCAAAAUCCUUCUGGAGUGUCAUUUAUGAACCCUCGCCUGUGGCCAGCCUGC